UCUGCUUCUACCUCAUCUUCCUCGAACCUCCUUACUCCUUAGUAAGACCAAACUCCAAAAGGGAACCGCGCUCUCUCUGCUUUUCUGUCCUGUUUUUUUGUUUAAUCUUUCUUUUCUUUGGUGCCUUUAAUUUGUUUUGUCCUCUUCCCCAUCAUAUCCUUGUUAUUACCUAUCUUCAUAAAUAAAUUAAUGGACGCCAAAGUGCUCUCUUCCGGAAUCCGUUACUCAAACUUGCCCCAAAGCUAUGUCAGACCAGAAUCCGAGCGUCCUCGUCUCUCCGAAGUAUCUGAGUGUGAAGAUGUUCCUAUCAUCGACCUUGGUUCCUCCGACAGAUCCCAGAUUGUUCAACGAGUCGGUGAUGCCUGCAAGUUCUAUGGCUUCUUCCAGGUUAUAAAUCACGGGGUGGCUCUAGAGGAAGUGAAGAGAAUGGAAGAAGUGGCAUAUGAGUUCUUCAAGUUGCCGGUGGAGGAGAAGAUGAAACUAUACUCAGAUGACCCAUCAAAGACAAUGAGACUCUCCACAAGUUUCAAUGUAAAGAAAGAGACUGUGCAUAAUUGGAGAGACUAUCUUAGGCUCCAUUGCUAUCCCUUGGAUAAGUAUGUCCAAGAAUGGCCUUCUAAUCCUUCAUCUUUCAAGGAAACAGUGUCAAAUUACUGCAAAGAAGUAAGAGCAUUGGGCAUGAGAAUACAAGAAUUGAUAUCAGAGAGCUUAGGGUUAGAAAAGGAAUACAUAAACAAUGUGUUGGGAGAACAAGGACAGCAUAUGGCAGUGAACUACUACCCACCAUGCCCAGAGCCAGAACUCACCUACGGAUUGCCAGGACACACUGACCCUAAUGCCCUCACAAUUCUGCUCCAAGACCUCCACGUUUCCGGCCUUCAAGUCUUCAAAGAUGGCAAGUGGCUCGCCGUUAAGCCCCAUCCCAAUGCCUUUGUCAUUAACAUUGGUGACCAACUGCAGGCUUUGAGUAACGGGAUCUACAAGAGUGUGUGGCAUCGGGCUAUAGUCAACUCUGAGAAGCCAAGACUUUCUGUGGCUUCGUUUCUUUGUCCGUGUGACUCUGCUUUGAUAAGCCCUGCUAAACCACUCACGGAAGAUGAAAAUGGAGCCGUUUAUAGGGGAUUCACCUAUGCAGAGUAUUAUAAGACUUUUUGGAGUAGGGACUUGGUUAAAGAACAUUGUUUAGAACUUUUCAAGAACAAAUAAGAUUUGUGUUUGGUAAGAACUAAAAUUAAGAGUAACGGGAGGGAGGAAACAAAGAAUAUUUGACUUCUCAAGUUUCACUUCUUUUUUUCUAUCAGGUAUCCAUUCCUCACAAGUCACACCUAAGAAGCACUCUAUGAUUGUUAGUGGCAUUUGCGUAUUGAAAACUGAACAUGGUCAUAUAACUUUGUUCGACACUACGCUUGCUCGUGAUAUGUUUUGAAGGAUUACACCUUGUGUAGUUUUCUUGUAGGAACAGUUAAAAAGGAGUGUAGUGGAAUUUAUUUGUUAAACCUUCAAAA